AUGAGGCCGCUGUAUCUUUUUCUCCUCUUCACCCUGCAGAAAGUUCAUGGCACUGCUGUUUUCUGCCCAGAAGCAAGUGACCUCAGUUCUGAUGAGCUUCUGAUUGGUUGUCUGGGUGUGCGGUUCACCUGGCUGUACGCUGUGUUUGAUGACCUGCGGUCGGUGCUGGAGUUCGCAGUCAGUCUGCAGUGUGAGACCGGACUCUGUCCCGCGGACAUCGACAAUCACGGACAUUACUGCAGCAACGCAAACACACGGGACACCGCGCGCAAACACGUACAGCCCGCCGACACACUCGACCGGUGUUGUUUUACCCACUGGAGAUGUUCUCAAGAGCUAAAGGAGAGAAACUGCAGUCGGAGGAUACCAACAUACAACAACUACACCUGCAGCUACAACUCCAGCUGUGAUAUGUUGGAUUUCUGUGAGGAAGGAUUCUGUCAUUGUGAUCAGAUGGUUAUAGACUGCAUCAGCUCCAACCAUCCAGUCACAAAACAGGUUGGAGGUAACCAACCAAUCACAGCACAGACAGACUCUCCCUUUGUGACGGAUCUACCUGAUAAUGAUACCUAUACUAGUGAUAUGGUCAAUGGAACAGACAGGGUGGAGCUUUCUCCAUCAGACAUCGACAUGGAGAUCAUGUUCUAUGGACUUAAUGGAACACUGAAUGAGACUGUGACUAACUUCACCAAUGAGUUGGUGCUGGUUAAUGGCUCUCAGAGCAGCAAUAUCCAGAGCACAAAGUACCCUGGGAUAUUUCAGUCAGGUCCAGAGGAAGAGGAGAAUGAAGCAGAGGAAAGAGAAAUGGACAGAAACUCAGAGAGAGGAAGUAUAGUUGAGAGAGAGGAAGAGGAGGCAGUGGAAUAUGAGGAUGUUAUUGCAGUGCUGACGACAGAAGAGCCGGGCAGAGACAAACAGGAAGAAGAAAUCCCUACAACCCACAAUGCAAUGGAGUGGAGCACAAACAGUGAGCUGACUAUUCAAAUAGCGCUAACUGCAACAACAGAAUCACAGACUGUCACAGAAUCACCAGAUACAUACACACACACCCCUCACUAUACACCCCACACAACACCAACAACUCACACACAAUCAUCUGAGGAGGAGGAUGACGAGAGUGAUGAAGACACACUUCAGUCACCUGCACCAGCACAUACUACACACACAGCUGGUACACAUACUACAACUAAUGACCUAAGUGACGUUGCUAAACCGUAUGUCAGCCCACCUUUACACAUCACAUCAGAGGAAAAGAGUGAUGAGUCACAAGAGGAGAGAGAAGAGGAACAGGAAAUGACAGAGAGUGACAUAGAAACAGAAGAAGCCAGUCAAAGCCCUUAUAUAAUUCUGAUGACCACACCCACUAAAAUAACAACCAAUCAAUACUCACAUCACAAAACAACCCUGCCAACAGCUACCAAUAAAAACACAGUAGCUGCAACCACUUUGGUGCAACGCACAUUAAUGAAAGGAAGUGAGGAAAAAGAGAUAUUGGAGAAGAAGAGUGAGGAAGAUAAAGAGACUGACAGAGAGAGUGACUUAAUAGGCAACUCUAGCACAACCAAACUGACAACUCAAACACAAGCCAACACAAAGCCAUCUCUAUCUGAAGAGGAUGAAAGGCACAAGAAAAAUAGUAAGGAAGAUCUACAAAGUGAUAAAGAAGAAGAUGAAUCAGUGAAAACCCAAACCACUGUGAUCCCAUCCAGGGUCAGAGAGCUCAGUCUAUCCACGUGGAUCAUUCCAGCGCUGUUCCCUAAACCUCACAGCGUAUCACCAAGACCAACAGCUCACACAGCUGCAAAACUAACUAAGAACCACAAGACCACAUCUGCGGCUCCUCACAAACCCGUCAGCACACGGACCACAACAUCAGGCCUCGCUGCUGUUGAAACCGCCCCUCGUCCCCAGAAACCUCCUGCCCUGGAUCGAGCACCGUCAUUGACCACUACAGCUCAGCAGGAGUCCGCUGAGGAAGAGGAGCAGGAGAAAGAGGAAGAGGAAGAGCCAUCUGACAGCUCACAGGAAUCAGAGAAAAUUGAGUCUCACCGGGUCCGGAGACGGGCGCCGCCGCUCUUUGCCUGGUCUUUAUUGGAGGCUGCUGGACUGUCAGAUCUGCAGCAGCAGCAGCAAGACGACUCUGAAGAGUGCAGCACUUCUUUCCUCCAGUACAGUGCAUCUGGUCAGGUGUUGAGGGACAUGUCUGCGCUGGGAGAAAUGCUGUACUGUCUGACCGGACGAUGUCCUCGUGAGUAUCAACACUACGGCUGCUACUGUGGACAGCAGGGGACAGGAAACCCAGUGGACCAGUUGGACCGGUGCUGUUUUCUGCAGCAGUGCUGUUUGGAGCAGCUCAUUGUUCUGGGCUGCAGGAAAAACAGAAAACUCAACGCUCACAUCAGCUGCCACAAUGGAAAGCCUGGAUGUUCAGGUGUGAGUGUGUGUGAUCGACUGCAGUGCGUCUGCGAUCGUUCGACCGCCGAGUGCAUGGCGGCUUCACACUACAACCACUCAGUCACCUCCUCGUGUUCUGGGCCCCACCCACCGUGCCAUCGUAAGCCUCAUUCUUCAGCACAAUCAGCCAGUCAGGACUCCAGUGAGGAGAGCAAUGAAAUGACCCCAGCUCGGCCUCAAAUGAACUCACACACACCUGCACUCGACAAAAACCCCACACACAGCAAACCAGAACUGGACAUCAAAGAGGAGGAAGAGGAGGAGCCAGGAAAGGAAGAAGAAGAAGAGGAGGAGGAAGAAGAAGAAGAAGAGGAGGAAGAAGAAGAAGAAGAAGAAGAAGAAUUGGAGCAGUAGAAUGAGGCAGUUCUAUAAUUUUUAUAAUUUCAGGGAGCUCUAAAUAGAAGAAUCAGUCAGAAAGGAUGUCAUGCACAUUUAAUGAAAAGUUUAGCUCAGUCUGAACUCACUCAGUAUCCAG